GGGGUGUCGGAUGUGCGGUGCCACAGCUCGUGUUCUGUUGGCUGUCCGCUGCCGGGGUAACAGGAUAACGGACCGGGAGCGGCUCGACAUCUGCAGCUUCACGGACACUGACCAUCGCCCACCUCCGGGUUAAGCAGCGGUAACGGAGUGUGGAGCACCAUGAGCUUAGCAGAAAUUUAUGAUAAUGUAAAGAAAGGGAGAGAGUAUGCCCUUUUAGGAAACUAUGAUUCUUCAAUGGUUUACUACCAAGGAGUGAUCCAGCAGAUUCAGAAACAUACUCAUUUAAUAAGAGAUCCAGCAUUAAAGGUGAAAUGGUUGCAGGUGCGGCAGGAGCUAGUUGAAGAGUAUGAGCAGGUGAAAAGUAUUGUAAACACUUUGGAAAGUUUUCGAGUAGAGAAACCUCCAACUGAUUUCUCUGCGCCUCAGCAAGAUGAGUCUUCCAGGGAUCCAAGUAUUUGGCCACCACCUAUUCCAGUUGAGCACAGAGCUCCUUUGAUGAAGCGGCAAAAUCGUGAGGUUAAACCCUUGCGUAAAGAGUCACCAGUUGUCCAGGCAAGAGGACUUGUAGGUCGAGGUCAACAGGCUGGUAGAGCUGAAAAGCCUAGCAGCAAGUAUAGUGGUGAUUCCAGAGUCAGAGGGAAAGAUGACAAGGGCAAAAGGAAUCUGCAGGAAGCAGCAGGAGAUGCAGAUGGGAAGAAAUUUGAUGGAACUGGUUAUGAUAAAGAAUUAAUUGAUGUUCUGGAGAGAGAUAUAAUAUCUAGGAAUCCCAAUGUGCACUGGGAUGAUAUAGCUGAUUUAGAAGAUGCUAAAAGGCUUUUGAGAGAAGCUGUUGUGUUACCAAUGUGGAUGCCUGACUUCUUCAAAGGAAUAAGGCGACCAUGGAAGGGGGUCUUAAUGGUUGGACCGCCAGGGACAGGUAAAACCAUGCUAGCUAAAGCUGUGGCUACAGAGUGUGGUACAACUUUCUUUAAUGUGUCCUCUUCCACAUUAACUUCCAAGUACCGUGGAGAGUCUGAAAAAUUAGUUCGUUUGUUGUUUGAAAUGGCUCGAUAUUAUGCUCCAACAACUAUUUUUAUAGAUGAAAUUGAUUCCAUCUGUAGUCGCAGAGGCACGUCUGAUGAGCAUGAAGCCAGCCGCAGAGUCAAAUCAGAAUUACUCAUUCAGAUGGAUGGUGUAGGGGGUACUUCAGAAAAUGAGGAUCCAUCAAGAAUGGUAAUGGUUUUGGCUGCCACAAAUUUUCCAUGGGAUAUAGAUGAAGCCUUAAGGAGGAGACUGGAAAAAAGAGUGUACAUUUCUUUGCCAACAGCAAAUGGAAGAGCAGAACUGCUGAAAAUAAAUCUACGAGGGGUAGAUGUUGCUUUAGGUGUUGAUGUUACAGUAAUUGCUGAGAAGAUGGAAGGUUAUUCUGGUGCAGACAUCACCAACGUAUGUAGAGAUGCUUCCAUGAUGGCAAUGCGUCGUCGAAUUCAAGGCCUAUCCCCAGAAGAAAUCAAAGCUUUAUCCAAAGAGGAGUUGCAAAUGCCUGUAACCAUGGAUGACUUUGAACUGUCUUUAAAGAAAAUCUCCAAAUCAGUUUCUGCUUCAGACCUUGAAAAGUAUGCAACGUGGAUGGCUGAGUUUGGUUCAGUGUAGUUCUAGGUAAAAAUGGAUGGGUUUGAGUAAUAUAUACGAAGUGAAGUCAUAGGGCAAUGACUAUUAAAUUUGCAUAUUUUGAAUCAUAAAUAGGCAACGUAUUAAUAAGUUGAGCCUUGAGAAUCAGCUAUAUACUAAUGUUGACUUGAUACAUACAAAUUAAAGCACUUUAUUAUACUAAUAAUUAAACUAACUGACAUGUAUUGGGUCAAGAUAAAGUUAUGUCAGGUUAUUUAAUUGUGUUGACCAAUCCUUUUUUUUGCCCCUUUAUUCAUGUUGGAGAAGUUAUUAAUUGUAUCUCAACAUAAAACUAUGCUGCAUAUUGAAAAUAAUUCUUCUCUGUCUGCCCUAAUUUAUUGUUGGAUUCAUUCUAUAUUUCAGUACAUUCCUUCGUUGGAUGCUUCAAAUGUACACAACCAUUUAACAGUCAUAUAGUGCAUCACAAUAGCAGUUGUGUUGUUUGUGUUAAAUAUGGAAGAAACCCUGUGUCUGCUUUAAUUUAUCAAGAACCAAGCUGAAAUAAUUUGCAAAAGUAAUUUGUCUACAAAUAGACUUUUUAAGAAGUUGCAUCUUUUUUUAAAGUUUUUUUUUAAAGCUAGUCUAAAAAUCCCUCAGCUAGGAUACAAUUUUCAGAUGUGUAUUAAUUGGGAUUAUUGCAGCACAUAGCACCAUUAGCACUACGUGUACGUAAUUUGAAAUACAGUUCCGCAGCAAUAGUAUAUUUUCAUUUGUUAAUUUUUUUAUAUAGUUUUGUGGAAAAAGAUAGAAAUGGUUUCAUUUAUUUGCUUAUUUUUCAGAUGAGGUUGACCAUUUUGUCCCAUGUGGCCCAAAUCGAACAUUAAACAUUAUAUUCCCAAAACAUCAUUUCAAUUUUCUUCUUGAUAUUUUGGCUCUGCUCUGUGCUACACCAUUGUAGCAAAUGAUUACUCCUGUUUAUCCUAUUGCCCUUGACCCCCAAUUUUGUGUUCACAAUUAGUCUCCUGACCAAGUUUACAAAGAGUGAUAUUAGCCAUUCUCCAAUCAAAGGUAUAAAAGGGAUACUAGGCAAAUAUGACAAUGCUUCAUUACAUUUGUAUUUAAUCUUUGGGAAUAUUUAGUUUUCUUAGAAUUAUUUUGCUUUUAUGCACCAGCAUUAUAAAGAUAAUGGUUUAACACAUUGCAUACUAUAUUCUGAAAAAACCAAGCCCAUUUUAUUAAAUCACCCAUACUAUCUGUUUAUACACUAGCUAGACUUGUUACAAGCAGUUUUAUAAACUGAGAACUAACUCGUACUUCCAAGCUUGGUAAUUUGGUUUAAUAGAGGUGCAGAUAUGAAGAGUCUUAUUUACACUUACUGGGCUGAUUAGUUUAUCUAACUACGAGUAACUAAUAGUAACCUUAACUUAGGGUUGGAUACACUAAGCAUUGCACAAGGACAUCAGAGCCUUAUUGAGUAAUUUUAAUUGUUCGAUUGUUUCUACUAUGAUAAAGAACAAUGAAGCAGGAAUAUCUUGUAGCAUUCUUGAUUUUUUUCAAUUUAUAAAUUCACAGCGCUGAAACAAAGUGACUAACUUAGCUAAGCUUGCUAAGUUGAAUAGUGCUGUAAGCAUCAACAAUUCAGUGUUAGGUUUUGAGCAUUCCUUUAGUAUCGCACUUUUUGUAACAAAGACUUUAUAGAAACAGGGAUGCUAAUGUUUUAUGUCAUUUUAUAUUGUCUAUGUAAAAGCAUUAUAUGUACUAUUAUGUUAAUGACCACUCAUAUUACUUGUGCAUAUUAUUUGUUGUAUUUUUUGUUAUUGCAACAGUUCUAAAUAAAUUUUUUAGCUUUUGUG